UUUCUGUUAGCGUCAUUAAUCUAUGUAUUAUCUUUUCCAUUUAAAGGUUGAAUUCAUAAAAAGAAGAAAGGAGGUUAUUUAAAUAGCAGGAAAAAAAUGUCGGACGUUUUCAAAUGUUUUGUUUUCUAUGUCGCUUUUACUUUAUUUAAGGUCACUGGUAUAGACUUCACAAUAAGCAGGGAGAAUGUUUUACUUGGAAGUACAGGAACAUUAACUUUAAGAUGUAACAUCACUGAAACAGAUGUUGAAACUUUAUACAGCAUCCAGAUAAAACAAUUAAGGUCCCCCACACUCUCUGGGAAUAAUGAUGAUGAGUGGCAGAGGUUAGCAUUUAUGAGAAUAUCCACUAAUGAAAGCCCUACAUUAGAUUCAGCUAUUAUACCAAGUGACAAAGAUUAUGGUGCUGGAGGAUCAUGGGAUUCUACAACCCCUGCUAACACAUAUCUUACAUUAGACAUGAAAAUAGAGAAGUUAGUGUGUGAUGAUGCCAAGACAUUUAAAUGUGAUUUAUCAUACUUUUCAAAUUCACAAUCUACGAAACAAACAUUAUCCAAAAAUACCACUUUCACAGCAUAUGUUAAACCACAAGUUACAUCAUUAGUUGCAAGGAAGAAUGGUUGCAUUGUACAAGGAAUGUCACCGUCUGACAUGGCCACUGCUUACGUAGGAGAUGAGUUGGAAUUCACAUGUACUGCUAAUAUAGGAAGCUCUUCACAAACAAUGAUUCGAUGGCAUAGAACAUCUGAAACUUCCCAAAAUGAUGAAUUUAUUGGAUAUCAACCAUCACAAGGUACAUUUGAUGAGGGCUCUGCAAUCAGUGACAAUCAGUGUGGAUAUAUACGAGUAGCUUCAAUUAGAUACAACACAACAUCAGCUGAUGCAAAUAGGGAUAACAAUCUGGCAUUUGAGUGUUAUGUUACAGUUAGCGGAGAUCCAUAUGGAAACUCGUAUAUCUCAGAAAACAAUCCGAGAUUUUAUACUGAAGUGUAUAACCCAUGUAGUGAAGAUUCAGAUGGGAACGAGAUAAGUAUAUCAGCAGCAGUUAUCGCCGCGAUUGUCAUUACCUCACUAAUUGUUGGUGUUCUUAUUGGCGUGGUUUUCACAUUGGUUAUUUUAAAUAGAAAACGAACAUUAACAGGUCCGAAGAGUCAAAAUCAACAUCAGCCAACACGAGAAACAGAAUUAAAUGUUCCGUCACUUUCACCGAAUACCUACGAACAACUUCAAAAUAGAAUAGAUACUGAAAGCAGGAUAACCUAUGAUUCCCUUGACGCUUCAGCGAAUUCAAGCGCAGUACAAGACAGCCAAUCACAGUAUGAGAGUCUUACACGUGGAGAAGGAGGGACAUCUCACACUUACGCAGGUCUAAAUAACAACCAAUAAAAUUUGAAAGAUCUACCUUGGCUGUUUGGACUACUUCACCAUAUAUGCUCUAGAUAUAAAUUUUGGACACAAUCUUAAAUUGUCUAUAAUUUUGAAAUUUAUUCGUACACACCAUGAACAUUAUAAAAGGAUAUGAUUUUGCAGGAGACUACUCCGCGCAAAUGAAGUUAUUCGAGCAAUCCGAGUUCGACCAUAUGGAGUUUACUUGUAUUUGUGUAGAUAUGACAGUGAAAAUCAAAUGUGUUGUCAUCUGUUACCUUAUCAAUUUGAUAUAACCAGGCUUUAUUAAAGAGUAAUUUUUCGUAUCUCCAGUUUAAAUGGUCAUAUAUGCACCCAAUCUGAUUUAAAUCAGCUGUAAAUAACGUUAUUUAUUUAGAUCUGACCAUCACCAAAUACGGAGUCAAUUCUCGAGAUCUUUCAAACAGCCAAUUACCGGCGAGCUUUCAUAAUUUUGAUUCUGUUUCUAUUUUUAAACGCCGGAAAGCCAAUAUGGAGAAGGAAAUCAUCACGAAUUCGAACGAUUUACAGGCUGUUCACCCCUCAGACAGUUCACCCUAGGCCAUUUUUUUGCAGACACUUAACCACUUAGAUAGUUCACCCUCAUUUUAAGAAAUUUGAUUGAAACACUUCAUCCCCACUUUUUAUUUUGUGUUCAACAAUAACUACAUGUAAUUUGGAAAAUGUUAGAAGUAUAAUUGUAUUCAAUAGUGAUUGAGAAAAUUAUUUGUUGCAUCAUACUUUGCUAUUGUUU